AUGACGUCUCACGACGGCCCCGAGAUUUUACAAAUUUUCGGCUUCCUUCUUUCUACUUUCGUCUUCUUUCGGAAAUCCAGCCCGUAUUGGACGACGACUUUACCGAAUAUGCCCAGUAACGCCUCAAGCUCUAGAACCCACAAGUCGUGCGAUGCAUGCACGUCGCGCAAAGUCCGAUGUCCAGGUAGGCGCCCAGGGUCAUCUGGAACUUGUACCAAUUGCACGAGAAGGAAGAGCGAGUGCGUUUUCGGCGUGAGGAAACUGGCCCGCAGGCCAAACAUUCAAAGACAAUUCUUCCCUACGAGCCGGUCUUCCGGCACGCCUGAUGAGAUACAACAAGGGUGCACCGUAUCGGUUUUAGACUUCGCAACACUGCCAACACCGGCAUCUAAGUCGCCGGAUCCGACAAUCUCGGAGAAAUCAUCCACUCCCGAUCCAAAUCCCGGACGGCCCGCCCCGCACCGGAUUCCGGAACUCUACGUGGAUCGAGUACUCGAUAGAGCUCGUAAAGCUCCGAGAUCAACCAGGCCUUCCGAGGCCUCCAACUAUGUCAAAGGUUAUGGUAUUUUUGGCGGUACGAAGAAUUUGACCUUCUUUUCUGAAGGGAGAUUGAAAUCCCUCGCACAAUGCCUCGGCCAUGAGAAAGUCCACGAUCUGGUCGGGCGAAUUGCAAGCGCUGUUGAGGAACGCGGGAGGUUCGUCAAACUCCGUGCUUGUAGUUUGAAUCGUCGACCUGAGCGCCCGGCCUGCCUUGACGACAAAGCCCUUCUCGCAAAGUAUGUCAAAUUAUAUUUUGAGCAAGUACACCCUCGGUUCCCGUUCCUCGACCGCGACGCAUUCGAGAGGACUGCUUUUAGUCAGGAUCAACCUCACUCUGCGCCCAAAAGCAAGUCAUGGAUAUGUCUCUAUCAUUCCGUUCUUGCUCUUGGUUGUCAAUACGACGGUGGUGGGUCUUUUGAGCCUGGGGAAGGUGAUGCAUGGAAGUUCUUCUCAAUCGCUCUAGCCAACUUUGCCGAUUUGAUCAUGCUACCAGACACUCUUACAACUUUCCAAGCUGUAGUAGCAAUGAUGAUAUACUCGCUUGGUAUUGCUGGGAUUGUGCUGGAGCACGUCCUCAUGUCAGAAGCUGCCCGGCGAGCACAGAAUCUCGCCGACGCCAAGUUUGUCGGAGCCGCAGCAGACGCAUUUCGGCGGACUUUUUGGGUGUUUUACUCUUUGGAAAAGAUCAAUAGCUUCCAUCAUGGUAGAUCAUCUUGUGCCUUGAAUAACAUAGGUCGUUACAGGAUGAUGGCAACAAUUCCCAUCAUGGCCUUUUUUGUCUUAUUCGAUCUCGUCAUCCAUAAUCCUCGGCAAAUUCAUACAGCAACCAACUUGGCGUUGCUUGACGUGGUAAAGGGCCACUGCAGCCGAAUGGAAAUGAUCUCGAAUGGUGCGAUACCAGGAUCCAUGGUUGGCGAGUUUGCACAGAUCGCUCGAAGUUAUGUGAACGAGGUCAACGGACGGAGUCCAACCGGCCUGACACCACAUGCGCCAUCUGAAGCAUUCGAGGCACUCACUACACAGCCUCAAUGGUCACUGCCCCAGCAACCCAAUUAUGACGUCGCUUCAACGGACAUUCACACGGACUUCUCGACUAUGAACUUGGCCUCUAACUCGACUAUGACGGGACGUAUGGAUAUCGAAGCACCCGCGGUUGUCCCCAGUCCGCUCGUCGGAACUGACGUGAUGAAUCUCUUCGAAGGCUGGCUCCCCGACCUGGAUCCCAUGUUCUUCCACACUAUGAGCGCUCAGAACAACAUGGACCAAUCGACAUCUCAGCAGGACUUCCCGAUUUCCUCGGAUCCGUUGUAUGGACAUCCCUCUUGA